AUGUUGGCUUCCUUCACCGGCGCCGGCUUAAGGGUUUUCUGCAACCGCCUUGUCUCGCCGCCGCCCGUCUUCUUCCGCCCUAAUCCUCUGUUGCAUUCCAGAUUACGAAUUUCGACAUUCAUGGCGAGUCCGAACAGUUCCUACGCCGGCAAAUCCUCUUUCACCGCAUCGGCCCAUUCUAGCAGAAGUGGUGGUGAGAGUAGAGGCGGAGGAUUGGGGAUGAAAGAUAAUCGCCGGAGAUCAAGAGGCGGAAGUUCUUCUGGGAAUGACAAAAUCGAUGCUCUUGGCAGAUUACUAACGCGUAUACUGAGACACAUGGCUUCAGAGUUGAAUUUGGAAAUGAGGAGUGAUGGAUAUGUCAAGGUCCAAGACCUUCUGAAGUUGAAUCUGAAGACUUUUGCUAAUAUACCACUUCGAUCUCAUACAAUCGAUGAAGUUAAAGAGGCUGUCAGAAGGGAUAACAAGCAGCGGUUUAGUAUAUUGGAAGACAAUGGGGAGCUUCUAAUACGUGCGAAUCAAGGCCACACUAUACAGACAGUUGAAACGGAGAGCUUGCUUAAACCUAUACUUUCAGCUGAAGAAGUUCCAGUCUGCGUGCAUGGGACCUACAUGAAAAACUUGGAGUCAAUUCUUGGAGGGGGUCUCAAGCGCAUGAAGAGAUUACACGUGCAUUUCUCUUGUGGCUUGCCAACCGAUGGAGAAGUUAUUAGUGGUAUGAGACGAGAUGUUAACGUCUUAAUCUUUCUCGACACGAGAAAGGCUUUGGAAGAGGGAAUGAAGCUGUAUAUAUCGGACAACAAGGUGAUUUUAACAGAGGGUUUUGAUGGAGCUGUGCCUGUGAAGUACUUCCAGAAGAUAGAAUCUUGGCCAAAGAGAGAGCCUAUUCCUUUUUAA